CUACGUUCGCAGACGGCGAGGUGUUCCGAUCGGGAGAGUCCCGAUAGCCAUAAUUCCGAAUGGAAAACCGCGCCAUGUUUCAAAAAGUUACAUAAUCAGCUGAUGGCACGCGGAUCGUUGAACAGAGGGCAGGUUAAAUAAAAUGGCAAAGAAGUCAAUCCACUGGUUUAGGAAAGGUCUCCGUAUCCAUGACAACCCGUCUUUGGUUGCAGCAUGUGAAAAUGCAGCUGACAUUAAACCAAUCUUCAUCCUUGAUCCUUGGUUCCAGAAGAAUGGCAAUGUUGGCAUCAACAGAUGGAGAUUUCUCCUGCAAAGUUUGCAGGACCUGGAUUCGAAUCUGAGGAAAAUUAACUCACGUUUGUUUGUCAUCAAAGGGAAGCCACAAGAAGUACUAGCCAAUCUGUUUAAGAAAUGGAAUAUUACAACUCUUACUUAUGAAGUGGACACAGAACCUUACGCGAAGCUACGAGAUGCAGAUGUUGAUGACCUUGCUAGAGAAUGUGGGGUUGAAGUCAUCAAAUGUGUGUCCCAUACCUUAUACGACACAAAAAGAAUUGUGGAUAAAAAUGGUGGAUCAACUCCUCUGACGUACAAGAGACUACAGACUGUUGUGUCCAUGCUGGGACCCCCUCCAAAACCUGUACCAGAACCUUCUAAAUGUGUGACUUCAGUAUCUCCGAAUCAUGACCAGAAUUAUGGGAUCCCAACGCUCGAGGAUCUCGAUAAAGAUCUCACGGAUUGUGGGCCAUGCCUUUUCCCUGGGGGUGAAACUGAGGCUUUGAACAGACUUGAUAGAAUGAUGAAGAAAACUAAUUGGGUGUGUACUUUUGAGAAGCCAAAGACUGAACCGAACUCCCUUCAGCCAAGCACAACGGUCCUCAGCCCGUAUUUGAAGUUUGGAUGCCUAUCACCUAGAACCAUGUAUUACAGACUGGUGGACAUUUAUAAACAUAACAAGAAACACACAGCGCCCCCAGUAUCACUUGAUGGUCAGUUGCUCUGGCGUGAAUUUUUCUACACAGUUGGGAUCGGUCACCCCAAAUUUGACCAGAUGGUUGACAACCCCAUUUGUAUACAGAUCCCCUGGGAUUCUAAUGAGGAGUUCUUGGAUGCAUGGAAACAGGGAAGAACAGGAUUUCCAUUUAUUGAUGCCAUUAUGACUCAGCUAAAACAGGAAGGCUGGAUUCAUCACCUGGCCAGACACGCAGUGGCAUGCUUCCUUACCAGGGGCGAUCUGUACAUCAGCUGGGAGGAGGGCAAAAAGGUGUUUGAGGAAUACCUUCUUGAUGCUGACUGGAGUCUCAAUGCAGCCAACUGGAUGUGGCUGUCUGCUUCCAGCUUCUUCUACCAGUACUUCAGGGUCUAUAGUCCAAUUGCGUUCGGCAAAAAAACAGAUAAAGAUGGCAGCUACAUCAGAAAGUAUGUGCCUGUGCUGAAGAACAUGCCGACCCAGUACAUCUAUGAGCCAUGGACAGCUCCAAUGAAGGUACAGGAAAAGGCUGGGUGUGUUAUUGGUAGAGACUACCCUAAACCUAUAGUAGAACAUGACAAGAUCCGUCCAAUCAACAUACAGCGUAUGGCCAAGGCAUACAAAAACAGGCCAGAUAAGGCAGACAAAUCUCCAGGAAAAGGUCAAAAGAGAAAACUAGAACAGAACAGCCCUAAACCAAAGAAGAGCAAAACAACUAGCAAAAAUUCUAAGAUCACAGACUUUGUUAAAGGUGGAAAGUGAACCACGAGAUACUAGAAUGAUAUGAUGUCAGAAAUAGUCCACAAGGCAACGAGUGAAUUAUAUGGUGUUGGAAAUAGUCCAUGAAGCCACGACUGAAUUAUAUGGUGUCAGAAAUAGUCCACAAGGCAACGAGUGAAUUAUAUGGUGUCGGAAAUAGUCCAUGAAGCCACGACUGAAUUAUAUGGUGUCAGAAAUAGUCCACAAGGCAACGAGUGAAUUAUAUGGUGUCGGAAAUAGUCCAUGAAGCCACGACUGAAUUAUAUGGUGUCAGAAAUAGUCCACAAGGCAACAAGUGAAUGAUAUGGUGUCAUAUAAUCCUUGAGGCCAUGACUGAAUUAUGUGGUGUCAGAAAUAGUCCAUGAGGCCACGACUGAAUUAAAUGGUGUCUGGAAAAGGGUGAAAGAGGCAAUGUCUGAAUAACAUUUGAUACCAGAAAUGGUACCUAAAUUAUAAGAGGCAAGGACUGAAUUAUACACACAUGAGGCAAGAACUGAAUUUCGUGGUGUCAAAAAUGCCAAAUUAGGCAAGGACUGAACCGAGGGUUUCAGAAGUUGUAAAACAGCCCAGAACCAAACUAUUGAUCUACAUGUAAAGAAUACUACUAAUCUGUAAAGGUGUCUGUUAAGUCUUUUUUUAUUCUAAUUAAAUUAGAUUAGAAAAAAUA